AGCUCACCACACUGUCAAGUAUCGAGUCAGAUGCUAUUCGAGCCACCAGCUGGCCACAAGAGCCUCCUGCAAGAGAUUUCUGGUCUAUAUAUCGUGGGAUUUUUUUUGUUAAAUAGGGAUCUCCUGCUGUGUGAGUUCGGUGUUCAGUGGAAUUAAAAGUGUGGAAUGUUCUUCUGUGAAGUUAAAUAAAUUUUCUGAAAUCAAUUGUGAUGAUUGGGUGAUACAUCUUCAUGAAGAAUUUUCCUAAAGGAUAAUCCCUGGUGAAAUGUUUUGCUGAAAAGCACAAGUGCGCUGCAAAUUUCCUUUUGUUCUGGUGCUUUUUGAAAAAGAAAUACUUUAAUGUUUUAUGAAUUUUCACAUUAAGUGCAUCUUAUCAGAAUUAAUCGUGCUUCUCUGGCCUCUGAAGCCACAACUCGCUACACAACAACAUCGUCGAAGCGACAACAAUUUGGUUGUUUGGUUUCUUUUCGGGAGAGAAAGUGUAAAAGGCUGAAUCAGUCAUGAGAUUAUCCUGGAUAAUCUUGUCAUGGAUUCACAUAUCAUUGACCCUGGGAGCUGAUAUUCUCAUGGUUACAAUGGGUGGAACAAAGUCACACAAAGCUAUUUUCAUGGAAUUAUCCAAAGGACUCAUUCCCAGAGGUCACAAUGUAACAUUUCUCAAUGGAUUUCCGGCUGAUUCUCCUAUUGCUGGUCUCCAGGAGAUAACGCCAUCAGGACUCGUGGAAUACAUUCAGAACUACACAAAUUGGGAUCUUCUUGGUGCUAGAAUGCGAGGUGAUAUGCCAAUUGGAUUCUGGGAUGUUGUCAGAUAUCCGUAUGAGUCCUGUGAAGCAAUGCUGAGCGAUGGUGAGACUAAGGAUCUCCUCAAUCGUCAUUUUGAUCUUGUGAUCCUCGAUGGAGCCUUCCCAGAGUGCGCCCUUGCUAUGGUGCAUAAAUACCGAGUACCUUUUAUGUUUGUCAACACUGUGGGCUUCUACACAGGAAGUCUCUCGCUAGCUGGCAAUCCUGUUCCAUACUCCGUAACUCCUGCUUUCUUUGCUGCUCUCACCGACGACAUGACCUUCUGGCAGAGAGCCUUCAAUGCUCUUCACUACAUUUUUGUCAGCAUCAUGCACCAGCCCAUUAUGACACUUGUUAGCCGCGUGGCGAGAAAUCACGUUGGAGCUGAUAUGCCUCAUCCCUAUGAUAUGGCUAAAAAUGUUAGCUUCAUCCUCCAGAAUGGACAUCCAAGUGUUUCCUAUCCCCGUCCCUUCCUUCCAAAUGUCGCUGAAAUAGCCUGCAUUCACUGCAAACCAGCUGGACCAUUGCCCAGGGAUUUAGAAGACUUUAUUGCUGGAGCAGGAGAGUCUGGCUUCAUCUAUGUAUCAAUGGGAUCUUCAGUGAAGGCUGCCAACAUGCCUGAACACCUUCGUCUGAUGCUCGUUCAGACCUUUGCCCGGCUUCCUUACCACGUUCUCUGGAAAUGGGAAGGUGGUACUGCUGGGAUGCAUGAUCUCCCACCAAAUGUCAAACUCGGACGAUGGCUACCUCAGCAAGAUAUCCUUGGGCAUCGAAAGCUAAGGGCUUUCGUGACCCAUGGUGGAUUGCUGAGUAUGUAUGAGAGUGUGUACCAUGGAAUCCCCGUCGUGACAAUGCCCGUGUUUUGCGAUCACGACUCCAAUUCCGCCAAGGCCGAGGCGGAUGGUUACGCAGUGAAACUUCCACUUGAGACUCUCACAGCGGACAAAUUGGUGAAGGCGAUAACGCAGGUGAUUCAUGAACCACGCUACAGGAAUGCUGCAAAGAAGCGACAGCGAUUGCUGAGAGACCAAAGAAAUCCACCUCUUGAGACAGCAAUCUACUGGAUUGAGUAUGUUUUGAGGCACGAUGGAGCGCCCCAUUUGAGGACACCGGGCAGAAAUUUAUCCUGGGUUCAGUACUACAUGCUGGAUGUGAUGAUUGUGUGCUUUGCCAUUUUGGCUGUCUUCAGGCACCUCCUCAAGAGAAUCUCUUGCUCAGUUCAGGUUCAUCCCGUGAGUGAAGUGAGAAAAGAGAAGAUUCACUAGAGAGAGGCUCCUAUUUAAUUGCCUUGUUUUUGGGUGGGAUUGUACCAAAAAGUCACCUGUGGAGUGGAAUGGGAUGGGAUUUUCUCUUCAACUUUACCCUCUUUUAUCUUAUAAUCUCCUCCCUUUUCUCAACAAAUUUCUAUUCUAAAAAAACAAAUCUGUAAAUAGUCCUCUGUUUCUUUUAGUGUUAAUUGUUGUGUAAGUUGUGAUGUAUUUUUUUUGUAAUGUAUUUGAACAAAAACACGAUGAUGGAUGAAGAAAAAAAUGAAAUUACUA